GGUUGAAGUGUCCCGUGAGGAAGAUGGCCACGGUACCCAGAGCGAAGAGCAGAAGGGCCACCCAGAAGCACACCUUAUCAAUCAUCUUCCCAAUCAACACCCAGCUCUCCACUUCCUGAAGGUGGAAUGAGUUUGACCCUGGUGUGGAAAAGCAGGGAGAGAACCAGAGACAGAGUGGGGAGACAUGGACAUCAGCAGGGGUGUGGAAAAAAAUGUGGAAGUUUGGAAUCAACACUUUUGAAUACUGAGGAAUUAUUCCACACAAUCACUCCUCAGUCUUAUACAUAAAGAACCACAACUGCCGAAAGGCUUACUCUCCAUACCAGAUAAAAACAUGCUUUUAGAAUCAAAGCUUUAGAAUACUGAGAAAUAAUUCCACAUAAAAGCUCCUCAGUCUUAAUACAUAAAGGACCAUAACUGCAGAUGGGCCUGGUGAACAUUCCAGGGGUUACAACAGGGCAGAGUGCCUAUGAAUGCCUAAUCACAGCACCGGCAGCUAAGCUAGAGUUAACCUCUGGACUCUCCCAUUGAACAACAGAGCCAUAGUCAUACACGGAACAGCAUAUCAGCAAGAAAAUUGGCCAAUAGACAAGGAGCAGGGAGUCACAAAAGAGAAAUAAGGGAAGAGAAGAGGACAGCUGGACAGCGAGAGGAGAAAAAGGAAGUUGGAAUAGAAGUCUUGAGUUUUCCUGAAAGGGCUUCUCAGCGCAGUGAGAAAAGUAACACAACCGCCGCUGGCAUCUAGCACUGGUGAAACCGAUGAAGAAAGCAGGAACAGGAAGGUCAUGAGAAAGAGUGAGUAAGAGAGGGAUUGGGCAAGGAGAGAAAGAGGAAGGCAAGAAUAGCAUAGUAACAACAAGAGACCAUGAGACGGUAGCCCAUGGUGAGAGAAGACAUUUCUGGCUUAAGGAAGGAGCUGAGGAGGUGGAGGUGGAGGAGGAGGUGCACACCGAUGAGGAGGACAAUAAUGGGAGUGAAAUGCAGGGCGGCGCUGGCCAUCGUGUUUAUCCUGCUCCUGCUCGGGUCGCUCUGGCUAUAUGGAAACUUGAACAGCCCCUGGGAGUCCUGCCUGAAGGUCUACAAUCAACAAGAUAAGACUGUGUUUCACAGAAACGAGAGUAGUCAGGGGGACUCUGAUUCGCUGGAGUUGUGCCCUGGCCAGACAUUCCAAAUCUCCCUGCUGUAUUCUCACCUGCGCGGCGCACCCGUGGGGACCGAUGACGUUCUCCUUCAGCCAUACCUCUCCAGCUGGGAUGAACUUAUCAAGUUCUUGUCCGCUAUGGGCCCUCUGGUUGGUGCCAUUACCACAGAGAUUGAGACAAAAACCAACAUCAUCCGUGAGUUGGCAGAGCAGGAAGAAGAGCGAUCGAGAAUGAAGCGCAGGAGCGGGGCGAGAGCAGAGGGGGGAAACUCUGACACCCUGAACGCCAACAUGCUCCCGUCUUCCGUGGACUCUAUCUCGCCGGGGGGCUACGACUCGGUCCGCUCCAUGAUCUCGACGGAGCUGAGCCGAGACCUGGUGAACUUCGAGGAGCACACAGACUCUGGCUGCCGCACACUGCUAAGACUCCACCGUGCCCUCGAGUGGCUGAAGCUGUUCAUGCAGAGGCUUGGCGAGGGCCCGGAGCCGCUGUCGGGACGGAUGCGGAAGCCCUCUGACCUUUGCCGGCAGGCCUACCAAAAAACCCUGGCCCACCAUCACCCCUGGUGGAUUCGCCAUAUGGCUGAACUGGCUUUCAUCGCCCUGCCAGAAAGAACAUUUUUUUACAGACUAAUAUGCGUGCAAAACCAGGAGGAGGCCUCUGCAAUACUCGACAAAGUGGUCCAUGCCGCUGAAGUGGUGUACAACAGCACCCAAAGGGCUCUGGAAGAGCACAACAUGCUGGACUUGCCGUGAGGGGCGAGGAAUUUAUGCCUUGUUUGAAAGGUCACAGUGACUGUGUUUGGCAAAUAUCAUGAUCAUUCUGAGUUUGAUCCAGCAGUGCCAUUCAAUCUUCUCACCAGUUCCCUCCGACUAACAGACAUGGCCACAAAACAUGCACACAUAUACACUACAAGGGCAGAACACACACAUUUCAGUGUUGCUCAUUGGGAAUACAUUUCAUGACAUGUUCUAAUUGUCUGUGCAUUCAUUAAACAAAUGACUGCAUCAGCAAUAAAGACAAUAACGAAGUAUAAAAGCUUUGUGGAUGAACACAGCAUCUUUUCAUCAAAGAAGGGCCAAAUCCCAAUAACAAUUCAUUAAAUAUCUAACAAAGAACACAUUUUUGAGAGACUCAAGACAGCAUGGAUUGUGGACUUCCCUGGAUUGGAUAAAACCAUAUUUGUGGGGUGAAAUAAGGUAGAAUAAUUAAAUAAUGAUGUGAUUUGAAACAAGUGAUGUCAACAGGUCAUUGUAAUCAUGAUUUGGUACAAAAGCAACAUCCAGGAAAGGCCUAGUCCUUAAGGAGAUGGACUGAGGAUCGCCAGCUUGCCAGCAAAUGCGUGAGCAAAUUAUUGAAAUGUGUAAACACAAUGUUUUCUCAAAGAAAGAUAGGAAGGGAUUUGGAUAUUUUUCCCUCCACAGUGCAUAACAUAAUUAAAACAUUAGAGGAAUCUGGAGGAAUUUCAGUGCGUAAAAGGCAAGGGCACAAGCCUAAGCUGAACAACCAUGAUCUCCGACCCCUCAGACGGCACUGCAUCAAGAACCGUCAUUCAUCCAUUCAUCUAUAAGUGAUACAACCACACGGACUCAGGAUUACAUUGGCAAACCUUUGUCAAGCAGUACAAUACGUUGUUACAUCCACAAAUGCCAGUUAAAACUUUACUGUGCCAAAAGGAAACCUUAUGUUAACCGUGUCCAGAAGCGCCGUCGACUUCUCUGGGCUCGGAGGCAUCUGGGAGGCAUUGGAGACGUGUAUUGUGGUCAGACGUUUCAGUAUUUCAAGGCCUUUUUUGGAGGAAAUGGACCAUCCAGCUCCGGACCAAAGCAGAAAAGGACCAUCCAGACUGUUACUAGCAACAAGUCCAAAAGCCAGGGUCUGUCGUGGUAUGGGGUUGUGUCAGUGCCCUUGGCAAAGGUAACUUACAGUUCUGUGAUGGCACCAUUAAUGCCGAAA